GUGUUAGUCAUCACUAUAUUCACAGGCUUGGAGCCAGUGCCAUUCACACUUCCCCCUCUUCUGCAGCAGACGGACUGAGUUCCUCUAAUCCCUGUGUUCCUUCUCCCCCAUCUUUCUAAAACCCUUCUCUGAGAGAGGAAUAACUAUAGCUUCAGGGAUAAUAUAGCUUUAAGGAAACUUUUGGCAGAUGUGGACGUCGUAACAUCUGGGCAGUGUUAACAGAAUCCCGGAGGCCGGGACAGACCAGGAGCCACUCGUUCUAGGAAUGUUAAAGUAGAAGGUUUUUUCCAAUUGAUGAGAGGAGCAGAGAGGAAGGAGAAAGAGGAGGAGAGAGAAAAAGGGCACAAAAUACCAUAAAACAGAUCCCAUAUUUCUGCUUCCUCUCACUUUUAGAAGUUAAUUGAUGGCUGACUUCUGAAAGUCACUUUCCUUUGCCCUGGUACUUCAGGCCAUAUACAUCUUUUCUUGUCUCCAUAAUCCUCCCUUUCAAGGAUGGCCAGUCAGCUAACUCAAAGAGGAGCUCUCUUUCUGCUGUUCUUCCUAACUCCGGCAGUGACACCAACAUGGUAUGCAGGUUCUGGCUACUAUCCGGAUGAAAGCUACAAUGAAGUAUAUGCAGAGGAGGUCCCACAGGCUCCUGCCCUGGACUACCGAGUCCCCCGAUGGUGUUAUACAUUAAAUAUCCAGGAUGGAGAAGCCACAUGCUACUCACCGAGGGGAGGAAAUUAUCACAGCAGCCUGGGCACACGUUGUGAGCUCUCCUGUGACCGGGGCUUUCGAUUGAUUGGAAGGAGGUCGGUGCAAUGCCUGCCAAGCCGUCGUUGGUCUGGAACUGCCUACUGCAGGCAGAUGAGAUGCCACGCACUACCAUUCAUCACUAGUGGCACUUACACCUGCACAAAUGGAGUGCUUCUUGACUCUCGCUGUGACUACAGCUGUUCCAGUGGCUACCACCUGGAAGGUGAUCGCAGCCGAAUCUGCAUGGAAGAUGGGAGAUGGAGUGGAGGCGAGCCUGUAUGUGUAGACAUAGAUCCCCCCAAGAUCCGCUGUCCCCACUCACGUGAGAAGAUGGCAGAGCCAGAGAAAUUGACUGCUCGAGUAUACUGGGACCCACCGUUGGUGAAAGAUUCUGCUGAUGGUACCAUCACCAGGGUGACACUUCGGGGCCCUGAGCCUGGCUCUCACUUUCCCGAAGGAGAGCAUGUGAUUCGUUACACUGCCUAUGACCGAGCCUACAACCGGGCCAGCUGCAAGUUCAUUGUGAAAGUACAAGUGAGACGCUGCCCAACUCUGAAACCUCCGCAGCACGGCUACCUCACCUGCACCUCAGCGGGGGACAACUAUGGUGCCACCUGUGAAUACCACUGUGAUGGCGGUUAUGAUCGCCAGGGGACACCCUCCCGGGUCUGUCAGUCCAGCCGCCAGUGGUCAGGUUCACCACCAAUCUGUGCUCCUAUGAAGAUUAACGUCAACGUCAACUCAGCUGCUGGUCUCUUGGAUCAAUUCUAUGAGAAACAGCGACUCCUCAUCAUCUCAGCUCCUGAUCCUUCCAACCGAUAUUAUAAAAUGCAGAUCUCUAUGCUACAGCAAUCCACCUGUGGACUGGAUUUGCGGCAUGUGACCAUCAUUGAACUGGUGGGACAGCCACCUCAGGAGGUGGGGCGCAUCCGGGAGCAACAGCUGUCAGCCAACAUCAUCGAGGAGCUCAGGCAAUUUCAGCGCCUCACUCGCUCCUACUUCAACAUGGUGUUGAUUGACAAGCAGGGUAUUGACCGAGACCGCUACAUGGAACCUGUCACCCCCGAGGAAAUCUUCACAUUCAUUGAUGACUACCUACUGAGCAAUCAGGAGUUGACCCAGCGUCGGGAGCAAAGGGACAUAUGCGAGUGAACUUGAGCCAGGGCAUGGUUAAAGUCAAGGGAAAAGCUCCUCUAGUUAGCUGAAACUGGGACCUAAUAAAAGGAGGAAAUGUUUUCCCACAGUUCUAGGGACAGGACUCUGAGGUGGGUGAGUUUGACAAAUCCUGCAGUGUUUCCAGGCAUCCUUUUAGGACUGUGUAAUAGUUUCCCUAGAAGCUAGGUAGGGACUGAGGACAGGCCUUGGGCAGUGGGUUGGGGGUAGAAGUUCUUCCUUUCCUAACCCGGGCCCCUGCCCAGCUCUCCAAAGUCUUUCAGAAAAGUAAAUCCUAAAUUCAGUGAUGAA